GAAGCCGAGCUGGAGGCUAUGUGGAGGGAGGAGCUGCUGCGGGAGCUCCGCGUGGCACGGUGCUCUCCGAGGGCGACGUUGGGGCGCUCGAGCUCAUGCCGACCUUCGCAUCGCAGCAGCCACCGCAGCAUGGCGAGCAGGACGCAUGGGCGGCAGCGGCCGCACAACGCUUCGGCCCACCGCCUGCAGCAGGAGGAGCUAAUGCCGCCGCCGCUGGCUCGGCGAACCUCUCCAGCAUGCUGGCCAACAUGGAGCGCCGUCUCGGAUCCCAGAUCCAGUCCACCACCAACAACCUCUCGCAGAUCUUCCAGUCCACCCAGCAGGAGUUCGCCCAGGCCAUCGACGCCCGCUUCGCUGCUGUGGACUCACGCCUGGGAUGUAUGGAGCAGCGGAUGGCAGACUUCGGCCGCCUUCGGCAAGAGAUGGCCGACCUCCGCACAGAGAUGGGAGUCGUGGCGUCGGCCACCCCGCAGGCCCCGAUGCUGGAGACGGGCUGGUCCAGGCCCAUCGACCCCACCAUCCUGUCCAUCGUGGCGCGUUCGAACGUUCCGAAGGAGGCGGUCGCGCGUGCGCUGCAGCAGCUCCUGGUGGACGCCGAGCUGCACAACCUCACCCCUGAGGCGACAAGGCUGGAGGGAGAGGAGAUGGGGAGACAUUUCAAGCUCCGCUGUGUGGGUGCUGUGGGCCUGGCCACGAGGCGCGUGGGAGAGCUCGUGGGCCUCCUACGCACAGGCCCAUCUACGUGGAGGGAGUUCGCUGCAGUGCUGCCGAAUGGUCCAAGCGUCCCCCUCAACGUGGGCCGUGACCGCAACCAGUCCCAGAUCUCACACGAGAUCUACCUCAAGCGUAUCAAGGCCGCCCUCCAAGAGACGAUCGAAGCACGACUCUUCGCAGACAAGGAAGCCAAUGCCAUCACGGUCAAAUGGCGCCAGCUGCUCAAGCUCUCCAUUGCGUCACCUGGUGCCACGCCGACGGUCUCGUGGAACAUGGUGGCGGUGCGCGCGAUCGGCCAGACACAGGAAGCCCUGCAGGCGGUGGUGGAUCGUGUCCUGGAGCCAGAGGAUCUGGCUUGGGCACACCAAUGCCCUGCCACCCGCUCCACCUUCAUCGUGGGUGACUUCAACUUCUGCGACUAUGACGAGACAGACAACUUCCUGGAUGACGACCAGCCCCAGCAGGCGCAAGUCGCGCAGCCCAGCAGCGGCGGUGGCGGCCGCGCACAUGCGGCCCCCGCCCCUGGCCAGACCGCGCGCAUGGCCCGCCACCCUGGCCAGCGGCAGUGGCUGGGGGCGCUGCGGGAGGCCACGGAGAUGAUGCCAGGCAAGCCAACGCACUGGAACGCCAGCACGCGCACCAGUUCCUCCAUCGACCGCGUGUUCGCGGGGGUCCCGAGGUGGCAGCUAUGCCAAGGCUGGCAGACAUGUCAAGUCCGAGGCGAAGCGCGCGAGAUGCACAUCAGAGGGAUUAGCGAUCACUCCUUGGUCGCAGCAUCGCUGAUGCGGAGGACGCCUGGACACCGACACCCUGACACGCCUGCGGCCAUCCCCCUCGCCGUGAUCCAGCGACCGCGCUUCAAGGAGAUCGUUGACGGGUACCUGGCGAUGGUCCCUCUGCAGAGCCAAGAGCCACCCGACGAGUGCAAGUACUUCACGCGGAUCCUGCAGGCAGCGGCCAAGGGCGUCCAGAAUGAGAUCCUCGUGGCCGAAGGCUGGGCCAAGGGGGCCUCAGCCAUCAUCUGGCGCCAACUGGCCAGGGCGUUCUGGCGCCAAGACUGGAAGCUGGCGCAGCUGGUGGUGGCGCAGAACGCCUGGGCUCGUGAGCUGGUCAAAGCCUCGGCGCAGUCCCGUUCGGUUGAGAUCCUCGACUAUGCGGAGUUCCAGAGGAGAUACAACAUCGCCCAGAGGCAGGAUGCUGCGAGCAG